GUGCGCAUGCUCCUUAGAAAACUCCAUUCUUUUUUUUGCACGGAAUCUGCAAGAAAAAAACUGAAACCGUGAAAUAGGGAUUAAAAGGUGCAUCAGCUACGCUAACUUUUUGCUUAACCUACACCGACCUGCUCGAGCAGUGUCUGGAGAUAAUAACUGAAUAAUUUGGCGACACGAUCGGACAUCGGUGGGUCUUGGGACACUACAGAAUCAAAUAUACAGUGGCCCGAGUGUGAGCUGCAGCGUUUUUGGAGGGGCUGACUUCUGAAGUAGGGCUAGAAGACUUCGUUCUUGGAGAGUUCUGCAAGGCGUUUGGAAGGAGGUUGGCAGAGUCUGUUCUUCUCCGCUGACACCAUGGCCUUCAAACGGUGGAUACCAUAGCCAAUACUAUCUUGGGCUUUUCAAAGAUGACAAGGUGCUGCAAGGCGGUUUUUACAAAAUGAUGGGAGGCAGUGAGAGUGGCAGUGGAGACACGGAUGGAGUUCACACUGUGGCAAUACAAGUCCCCAUUGGCUGGCAGAGGAGAGUGGAGGACGGGCUUGUGGUGUAUGUCAGUCCAAGUGGCACAUUCCUGUCUUCACUGGAGGAGGUUAAGUCUUAUCUGUUGACCGAUGGCACAUGCAAGUGUGGCCUGGAAUGUCCACUGGUCAUCCACAAGGUGUUUAACUUUAGCCUAGGGGUCAAAGUUCAGCAGCGCAGCCAGCUGGUGGGGAAGGCAGAGCAGGACAUGACAAAGCUCUGUAACCAUCGAAGGAAAGUGGUUGCCAUGGCAGCGCUCUGUCGCAGUAUGCAGGCUUCACAGCUGCCCUAUGUUUCCUGUCACACAGAGGUCACCAGUGCCAUUAUGGAGAACCGAGAUCCAAAGAGGAUGAGAGUGGACAGGGAAGAAGAAGAACGUGGCACUUAUCUCUCUAAAUACCAUCUAGUCCACUCCAGGCCCAACAAUAAUCUCAACCACAACCCUUGUGGCAGUCCUAAAUAUUCCACCCAACUUGUGUAUUCCUACAAUGGUUCCUCACCCCUCUCACAUGCUAGCACUAACUCUCAUCACUCUCCUGAGAUUCUGAAGAGACUGCCCCCUCCUCUCCAUUUCCCUCCCACCACCUCUCAAUUCUCUAGCUAUGGGGCACCUCAGAGGUCCCCAUGCACCCCCACGUCUCACAACUUCAGUCAGGGUCAGAGGACACCCCAGACUCCGGAAGCCCCCAGAUCUCCUCAUUUGGGGCCCCUCUCUCCCCUUCCUCCCUCCUCCCCUGGGACACUGGGAAGGGGAGGGCAGAGCCACCCACAUGGUAUCAUCAUUGGGUCUCUCCUGUCCCCCUCAUGUUCCCCCUCUCCCCGCCAGCGCUCACGCCACCCCUCCGCCUCUUCCUCGCUUUCUGAACAGGAGGUGGGAGGGGUGGUGCUGGGCGGCUACCCCCCCAGAAGGAUAUCCUCUUCUUCCCCACACUCUCCUCUACCCGGGGGGUCCCCUAACCUCCAUUUCCCCAAAUACAAGCUUGAGGACAUCUUAGAGCAGUUUAGGAACUCAGGCAACGGUAGCACUAAUAAUCACAUCCUUAACACAAACUCACUGAGCAACCAAAGCAAUCCUCAGAUCCUCUCUCUAGCUCUUGAAAAGGGUGAGAAGCCCACAAAGGCACCUGCUUCUGCCACUGGCUCAGGCAUGGGGAUCAGUGCUGGUCCUUCUGGGUUGCCUCUUGGACAGUUCUUGAACCACCAGAAGCAACCACACACAGCCUCGUUUCCUGCCAGUAGCCUCCUCUCGGCAGCAGCUAAGGCUCAGCUGGCCAGCCAGAUGGCCCACGACCACAGUUCCAAUUCAGCCAGCGUCCUCAGCUCGGCCACCUCUCUGGAGGUCUCGAAAGAGUCCCGGCAGUCAAAGGUAACAAACAGCACUUUACACAACAACAGCCAUCCCUCCAUCACUAGGCCCCUCCCUGCAGCCUCCCACCUGCUCCUCCACCCCUGCGCCACCCUCUCUCAGCCCCUAGCCUCGAGUCCCCUACACCUCUCCCCUACAGACCGGACGUCCCACAGGAAGCGGCAGCGGCGUUCGCCCACGGUGCUCAGCAUGCUGAAGGACUCCCAGGUGAGCGGUCUCAGAACCCCCGGUGACGUGCUCAACCUCUCCGCCUUGCACUCUCAACCCUCCUCUACCUCAGGCUCGUCCCACUCUGCCACGUCGGAGAACCACCUCCAGGGUCUGAGGCUCUCAGUCCGACACUCCUGCCCGCUCACAGGUCCUCAGAAGCAGCCUGACGGCGCCCUGGACUUCACUACAAUCAUGGCAGGUCAACCGGAUCCCCCCACCCAGCCUCUCUCCGCUCUGCUUCACCUGCUCAGUAUGCAGAACGCCGGAGCCCAGCCCGGCUCUGGACACGGUACAGGAGGCACGAGGCAGAGCCCCAGGCAGUCUCCCUCUCCCUCCCAUUUAAACAUUAGACCAUUCCCCAUGCAGUCCCCCUCUCAUCCCUGUACCAUGCAAGGCCUGCCACAGCCCCUGUCCCCCACUCAGUCAUUGUCCAGGCUUGGUAGUGCUAGUGCACAGUCUCCACAUACGAAGGCCAGUCCCAAACAGAGACGGUCUCCCUCCACGGCCCUGUCCAACGCUCAGUCAGCACACCAUCGCAGUAGCCCCUCGCCCACCCGACACACCCCUGAUAGGCUACGGCAGGCCCAAAACCAACCUAUGGAUGCUGCCACCACCACCUUACAGUCUCCCAUGUGCCAUACCUUGCCUGAUGUCAGUGCAUCAGUGGCGAUUGAGAGCAUAUCAACACUAGGCCCUGGUCUCAGCCUGGGUCAUCCUCCCAACAGCACCCCCACCUCCAACCAUAGCACCACCGUCACCAGCUGCAGCAGCACCACCUCCCCCAGACCCCUGGAUCUUAGUAACCACGUGCUGGCCCUGCUGGCAGCCUCCUCCACCACGCCUCUGGAGGAAGGGGGCCUGGACACAACCACCGGCAACAACACUGCAGGGAUGCAAGAGCCUGAGAGUGUUGAUCAUCGUAGCUCGACAGUGAGCAAAACCCCAGGAGGUUGCAGCCCCGGCCCCUGCAACACCCCUUCCCUAGGGGACUCCCCCGGCUCCUUACCCUUGGCCGAAGCCUUCCCCUUCAUGAGCCAGGAGCAGCUCCUCCAGCUUCUGUCUGCCACAGCCGGCCUGCCCUCCCUCUUGGAUCCCACCAUCCUGGGCUCCCUGCCCCUGGGCCUGUGGCUGGGCGGUCAGCAGUGUCACCUCCCCACCUCUAACACCUCACAGCAACACCAUCAACUGCCUGAUCAUCAUCAUCAACAACAAUCGGAACACCAACAACUACUGUUACAGCAUGAACAACACCAAGAGCAACACCAGAAACAACAACAGACUGCCCAUCUGAACCACAACUUUCCGUUUAGCCUACUCCCCUCUCUAAUGGGAGGUCAGGGAGAGCUGCCUCUCAAUCUCCUGGGUCUGUUGAACCCACUUCUACCCCCCUCUGCCACCCUUACCCCAGGCCAGGAGAGUGAUCUGGGUAUAGGGGAGAAACUGGGCCUCCAGGCUCUCCUUAUGGCCUCCCUGCUCCUUGGCCAACAGCAGGCUGCCAUGUUACCCCUGUCUGGGCUGGGCCAGCUGAGCCUGGACCUCCCCCUGCAGCAGCAGCACAUCCCAGCCUUGUUGGAGGGUUUGUCUCUGGAUAAAGGCUCUGGACUCCUGGACCUAUCCUCCCUCCCCGGCCCUGGGCUCCUUGAGGCCCUCCAGGGCCUGCUGCCCCAACCGAGGGGCCCCUCCAGGCCCUGCAGUCGCUCCUGCUCCCCGCUCCUCUCCCUCCCCCGGGCUUCCUCUCCCUCAGCCCCACUCUGCUAAACGCUGCCCUGGGCUCUACUGACCUCCCGACCACCCCUCAGCUCCCCCCACCCCAACAACCCCCACCUCAGGUCUCCGCUUCAGGCCCUGAUGGGGGGGUGGAUACCCUCAUCCCCCUGUCUGUCCAGGGGAAGGACAACCCUGUUCUCCACCAGUUACUGCCCACUCUCCUCAACCCAGGCCUCCUAGGAGACCUGUCUGCUCUGACUAGCC